AUGUUAUAGGAAAGAUGCUCAAAAUGAGAGAAAAUACAUAGUGUUUGAUAGUUGCCUGAGACAGUUAGUGAGUCAAUGCCCAUGUUGUGGUGAAAGCUGUUCCAUUGUGACCAAAACGACUGGUAGUAUGGUUAACGUACUAGCAAAAUGUCAUUGUGGUUAUGUUCGAGACUGGAAUAGCCAACCUCUGCAUGGGCGAAUGCCUUUGGGUAACUUGGUCUUUGCUGCCAGCAUCUUGUUUAGUGGUAGUAGCCCCAGCAAAGUUCUUCAAUUCCUUCGUCACUCAGGCAUACAAUUUCUGUCAGAGCGCACAUAUAGCAAUAUUCAAACAGCGUAUUUGAUACCCAGUGUUUCAAAUGUUUGGCAUAUGAACCAAAAGCAUCUUCUAGAAUCAAUCAGAGAAAGGAACAUUAACCUUGGAGGAGAUGGAAGAUGUGAUUCGCCUGGAUAUUGUGCCAAGUAUGGGUCAUAUAGCUGCAUGGAUUUGGAAUCUAACAACAUUUUAGACACACAACUUGUUCAGUCCAAUGAAGUGACGAACUCUGGAGCAAUGGAACUUGAGGGAUUAAAAGAUGUCUGGCAAAGUUUGAUGAAAGUGGGAUGA